CUGGGACGCCCUUACACAUAUUUGAAACGUAGCCUACAGAACGUGUGAAAAGGUUAAAGAAACAAUCCGCUUAAUGUUGUUAUCUUCAGACUGACAACAUUUCUCCUGGGUUAUAGAACAACGAUGUAUAUGACAACAGUAUUCUUGUGCACUUGUAAGAAUCUUUGACAGUGACUGAAAACAAAGGUUAGACAGCACUGGCGCAAUGAAUACAUUCAUAAUGAGAAGUCAUUUGGACAGGGAGAAGGUGGAGAUCAUGUUUUUAAAGGAGAGAGUUUGGAUUGAGGAGCGAAUGCAUAAACUUCAGGCCCUUGUGAUGACAGAACUUGAUCGAAGGGUCUGUAGAUUUGAAAAGCAAUGGCUCAAGAACGAGACAAGACGGACUAAAACCGAACAGAGUAACAAACAAACUCAAACAGAGGGAGAUAUAUUCAAGGAUUAUGGGCGAGAGAAAGAGAGGAGAAUUCCUGUGAGUCAGGAAAGAAUCUUUGAAAGAAAGAGUGAUUUUCCUCUGAUAAAGAGGAAUCUAGAGACAAAGAGUAAGAACAUGGAUAUUGGACCAAGAUUGACAAAGCAGGAAUUGCGUGAGUGGGAGAGAGAGAUGGAAGAAUACAUUAAAAUGAUUCAAAUGAAAAGAAAGAUGGGAAUAGACCUGAAAGGUGUUCUGGAAACGGACAAGGAAAAUCUGAAGGAGAAAAGUGAUAGGAUUCAAAUGGAGAUGCCAAGAAAUGUGUUAAGUGACAUUGAAGAUCAGAAAGGGGAGACAAAAGUCAUGGAUGAAGGGAUAGGAUGGAGUGCAAUGGAAAAGGAUGAGGUACGAUUUUUGAGAAAAGAGAAGGUUCAGACUGAAGUGGAGAGAGAGAAGAGGAGAAAUGAACAGAACAUCAGAGAAGACAUCCUUGAAGAGGGACAGAGAGAGAUGGAGGCAGAGAGGAGGAGAAUUGAGAAUGAACAGAGAAAGAGAGAAAGGUGCCUUGGAGAAAGUCAAGAAUUAAUGGAAGCAGACAUGAGGAAAAUGGAUACGGACCAUAGAAAGAGAGAAGAGAGCCUUAAAGAGAGGCAGAGUGAGAUGGAGGCAGACCGGAUGCAAAUGGAGAGUGAACAGAAAAGCAGACAAGACAGGCUUGAAAAGAGGCAGAGAGACAUGGAGGCAGAGAGAACGAAAAUGGAGAGUGAUCUGAGAAAGAGAGAAGAGAUGCUUCAAGAAAGUGGGCCGGGCAACUGA